CACGUCUUCAUUUCCUUCGCCUCGUCAACUCCAGCAAUUCCGUUAUUGCAGGUCUUAUUUAACGAACAGAGAGCUGGAUUUCGGCGCAGAGGAGAAGGAUUCGGGGAGUUUUGAGUGGAGUAGAGUAGUGAAAAGCAGGAACUGACGACCGUACGUUUAGGAGAAGAGGUGUAUAUUUCAAGUUUAUCAACAUGGCGCACCAGACAUUCCAACAAGAAUAUCUACAAAUGCCUCCAGUGACACGGGCAUACACCACAGCUUGUGUUGCCACAACGAUACUAGUGCAAUUGGACCUUGUGUCUCCAUUCCAGCUUUAUUUUAAUCCACUUCUCAUUAUCAAACACUAUCAGAUUUGGAGACUUGUAACCACUUUCCUAUUCUUUGGGUAUGUAGGUUUCAACUUUCUGUUUAACAUGAUUUUCACAUACCGCUACUGCAGGAUGCUUGAAGAAGGCUCCUUUAGAGGCCGCACUGCCGACUUUGUCAUCAUGAUGCUGUUUGGUGGAGUGUGUAUGUUGUGCUGCUCCAUGUUUUGCUCCCUGCCCUUCCUUGGCCAGGCCUUCACAAUUAUGCUGGUGUAUGUUUGGGCUCGGAGAAACCCCUUUGUCCGGAUGAACUUCUUUGGCCUUCUCAAUUUUCAGGCGCCUUACCUUCCAUGGGUGUUAUUGGGAUUCAGCGUACUCUUAGGGAAUUCCAUCCUAGUGGACAUGGUUGGGAUUGCUGUCGGACACAUUUACUACUUCCUGGAGGAUGUGUUCCCACAGCGCUCGGGGGGCAUCAGACUUCUCAAGACCCCACGAUUCCUGCAACAGAUCUUCGAGCCGCACACUGAGGACCCAGCCUACAACCCAGCCCCGGAGGAGAGACCUGGAGGAUUCAACUGGGGUGAGCAGCCACCACAGGGACAGUAGGAUCCGCAGACAACAUCCCCCCUUUAAAGUUGACCAUUGCCGAAAGUGGCGUCCUUCCCAUGUGGACCAGAGGCGCUUUGGAGUGUGAAGGAAUUUCUCUCUGCAUGAUGGUUGUGUAAAUAUAUGUGCCAAUAGAUUUUUGCAAAGACCA